GCGGUGUGCUGACGCAUCCGGAGUGCGGCCAGCUAGUGAGCGAGCGGUGAUUGGUGGUUUCCGGCUCGACGAAGCACCGCCGCCGACUGGAUCUCCAUCGCUGCCGCCGCCGCCUCCUGAGUGCGGAGUUCAAGUGAGCAGCAUACCGAAAGGGGGCGGGCCGACACCGCAGCACACGGCGGGGGCAAGCGGUAAAAUGGUCGAAAUAACGGCGGCUGUGAAAGAUUGAAAAAAAAAAUCCUCGCCUCUAUGCAAAUAAUCCCCCAGGCUCGGCCUGGGCUUCGAGGGAGCAGCAACAUCCCGAGACAAGGAGCCUUGGACUGUGGAUUAUCAGGGUUUUAAGCCAGUAAGGAAGAGAAGGUGGGGUCGUGAGAAGGAUAGCGGAGCCCAUCAGCUUGCUUCACUACAAAUCGGUUUCACCGGCGGCUGAAAAUUAGUAUUGUUUCUGAUGUGCAUCCGAUCUACACGGGAACAGUUGUGUUAAUUUUCGCCCCGAUUGGAGAGUUUUUAACUUUGAAUUUUUAUUCUUGAAUUUCUGAAUUUUAAUUAUCGACCAUGGCUGACGACGACGUCCUGUUUGAAGAUGUGUAUGAGCUGUGUGAAGUGAUUGGCAAAGGACCAUUCAGUGUUGUGCGGCGAUGUAUUAACAGAGAAACAGGACAGCAAUUUGCCGUGAAGAUUGUUGACGUUGCGAAAUUCACUUCCAGUCCAGGCCUGAGUACAGAAGAUUUAAAGAGGGAAGCAAGUAUAUGCCACAUGCUGAAACAUCCACACAUUGUAGAACUAUUGGAAACAUACAGCUCAGAUGGAAUGCUCUAUAUGGUCUUCGAAUUUAUGGAUGGUGCAGACCUCUGCUUUGAAAUUGUGAAAAGAGCAGAUGCAGGUUUUGUUUACAGUGAAGCUGUUGCCAGUCACUACAUGCGACAAAUACUCGAAGCACUACGCUAUUGUCAUGACAAUAAUAUCAUUCAUCGAGAUGUGAAGCCACACUGUGUGUUACUUGCUUCGAAAGAAAAUUCAGCACCUGUGAAGCUUGGAGGGUUUGGAGUAGCCAUUCAAUUAGGAGAAUCUGGACUGGUUGCUGGAGGCCGUGUCGGGACACCGCAUUUCAUGGCACCAGAAGUUGUCAAACGAGAACCAUAUGGAAAACCAGUCGAUGUUUGGGGUUGCGGAGUGAUACUUUUUAUUCUUCUGAGUGGUUGUUUGCCAUUUUAUGGAACAAAGGAGAGAUUGUUUGAUGCUAUUAUCAAAGGAAAACACAAGAUGAAUCCUAGGCAAUGGAUCCAUAUAUCGGAGAGUGCAAAGGAUUUGGUCCGUCGUAUGCUCAUGCUGGACCCUGCAGAAAGGAUAACAGUUUAUGAAGCUCUGAAUCAUCCUUGGCUAAAGGAACGAGAUCGAUAUGCAUACAAGAUUCACCUGCCUGAAACUGUGGAACAACUGAGAAAAUUUAAUGCAAGAAGGAAAUUGAAGGGAGCAGUACUAGCAGCUGUUUCAAGCCACAAGUUCAAUUCAUUCUAUGGAGACCCUCCUGAGGAGCUGCCUGACUUCUCGGAAGACCCUACCUCUUCAGGGGCUGUUUCACAGGUUCUGGACAGUUUGGAGGAAAUCCAUGCAUUAACAGAUUGCAGCGAAAAGGACUUGGAUUUUUUACACAGUGUUUUCCAGGACCAGCACCUGCACACACUACUUGAUUUGUAUGACAAGAUCAACACAAAGUCAUCACCGCAGAUAAGAAAUCCACCAAGUGAUGCUGUCCAAAGAGCCAAAGAGGUGUUGGAGGAGAUUUCAUGUUAUCCAGAAAACAAUGAUGCAAAAGAACUGAAGUGUAUCCUAACACGGCCACAUUUUAUGGCCUUGCUCCAGACUCAUGAUGUUGUGGCACAUGAGGUGUACAGUGAUGAAGCACUGAGAGUUACACCACCACCAUCUUCUCCGUAUUUAAAUGGUGACUCGCCUGAAAGCGCAAACGGAGAUAUGGACAUGGAAAAUGUAACACGAGUCCGGCUUGUACAGUUCCAGAAAAACACAGAUGAACCUAUGGGGAUAACUUUAAAAAUGAAUGAAUUGAACCAUUGUAUUGUUGCAAGGAUCAUGCAUGGCGGAAUGAUCCACAGACAAGGAACGCUCCAUGUUGGUGAUGAAAUCAGAGAAAUAAAUGGCAUCAGUGUUGCUAACCAGACAGUAGAGCAGCUUCAAAAGAUGCUUAGAGAAAUGAGAGGAAGUAUUACUUUCAAGAUUGUGCCAAGUUAUCGCAUUCAAUCAUCAUCAUGUGAGAGAGAUUCCCCUUCCACAUCCAGACAAUCCCCAGCUAACGGCUAUAGCAGCACUUAUAAUUCUGUUUCGGACUUGCCAUCAACUGCACAACCAAAAGGACGACAGAUUUAUGUUCGGGCACAAUUUGAAUAUGAUCCAUCAAAAGAUGAUCUUAUACCUUGCAAAGAAGCUGGGAUCCGUUUCCGAGUUGGGGAGAUCAUACAGAUCAUCAGUAAAGAUGAUCACAAUUGGUGGCAGGGCAAGUUGGAAAACUCCAAAAAUGGUACAGCUGGUCUCAUUCCAUCUCCUGAACUGCAGGAAUGGCGUGUUGCGUGUAUAGCCAUGGAAAAGACCAAACAAGAGCAGCAGGCUAGCUGUACCUGGUUUGGGAAGAAGAAAAAACAAUACAAAGAUAAAUAUCUGGCAAAACACAAUGCAGUCUUUGAUCAACUAGAUCUUGUCACAUACGAAGAAGUAGUAAAACUGCAAGCCUUCAGAAGGAAGACGCUAGUAUUACUAGGAGCCCAUGGAGUAGGACGACGGCACAUUAAAAAUACUCUUAUUACAAAGCAUCCAGACAGAUUUGCAUACCCUAUACCACACACUACGAGACCUGCCAGAAAAGAUGAAGAAAAUGGCAAAAAUUACCAUUUUGUUUCACAUGAUCAAAUGAUGCAGGAUAUUUCCAAUAAUGAAUAUCUGGAGUAUGGCAGUCAUGAGGAUGCAAUGUAUGGAACAAAGUUGGAAACGAUACGCAAAAUCCAUGAACAAGCACUCAUUGCAAUUCUAGAUGUUGAGCCACAGGCACUAAAGGUUCUGAGAACUGCAGAGUUUGCUCCAUUUGUCGUUUUCAUUGCUGCCCCGACUAUUACUCCUGGCAUGACUGAGGAUGAAUCUCUUCAACGUCUACAGAAGGAGUCAGAAAUUCUACAGAGAACAUAUGCACACUACUUUGAUCUAACUAUAAUCAACAAUGAAAUAGAUGAGACCAUCAGGCAUCUGGAAGAAGCCAUUGAACUUGUGUGUACUACACCGCAGUGGGUUCCUGUAUCCUGGGUAUACUAAGGACUGGAGAGAGAAACCAUGAACUUUAUCAUUCCCUAGCAACACCUGACGUUAGACUUUGUAAAUGACCAUGCAUCAAAUCUUGCCCCUUAUAGACUGCCUAGGAUUAGUGUGCCCUAAUUUUUUUGACUAUUGUUAUGUCCUUCUAAAUGGAUGGAGAGAAAAUAUCAAACUCUGAAAGUGACAGUGUCCCUUUUUUAAAUGUGUGAGGGCUGUGCUUCCAUUAUUAAAAUCAGAUCUAUAAAUGCAUCCUGCUCUAUAAACAUUGGUAAAUCCCACAUUGAUCUGCAUUGUUAUUUGAACAGUUGCUUGUACUAAGUUUUAAUUAAGUAAGCUUUAAACACAAAUUUAUCCACCCAAAUUUUCUUUCCAAAUAAUGGAUCUGCUGAACUUUAAAACUGCAAAUAGCCUGCCUAUGUGGCUGCCUGUUUGAAAUUUAAUUUCACAUGGCUGGCAUUGUAUAAUAAAUUCAGAUAUUACAUCUUCGGAUGCCCCCUGUGAAUAAUUGGUACAAGCUUUAAGCAAUAUCUUACAUCUGCAAAGUUACAGAUACCUGCACUCAUUUGUUGAGGUUGGAUAUAGUAGGUGUAUUAAAUAGAUGUGAUUUUUUUUCACAAACCGGUCAAAUUUAAUAAAGGGGAUACUGUCAUUUACAAUUUAAAAUUGUACAAACAUUUUAGAAAUUGGAAUCAGGUUUUACUGCAUGUGGAGUUACAGAAUUCAUGCUGUUGGUGUAUCUGUGUUGGAAAACUGUAU